GCAUAUUGGGUAACUCCAAUGGCCGAGUGAUUGUUGUGUAUUUUUAAGAUUACAUACGCAGUAAGCUGACCUAGUUAAAUGCAGCUCAUCGUUUUCGCAAUUUGUAAUUUCCUGUUAUGUCUUCAUAUUGUUAGGAAUGUAGUAUGAUUAGAAACAUGGCGACUUGUAGGUGACAGGCUACAUGACGGUCCACGGGUGCCCCUGGGACGAUGAAGUCAACAUGGUUCCGGAUGGCAGAAUUUUCUGGCAUUAUUAUACUUCUUCUGUUAAGUUUCGGAAAGAUCGUUGAAGGACACUGCUCAAAAUACUUGUAUGAACUACCUAAUCGGCCUGAGAUGUGUGACAUGUGUCGGAUCUGUCCUGACUAUAUGGAAAUAGCGGCCUACAUUCAGCCUGGUUGCCAUGACCAGCUGUCUGAUGGGCGUAAAGUGCAGUGUAGCGGCAUGGACUUCAUCAAGCCAGCAUGCACAGAGUGGAAGCCAGAGAUAGGCAGCCUCAGGUGCAGUGACAACAACAGUGUCUACAGUUCUUGCUCACUGCGGUGUCCUCGAGGAUUCAAGCCAUCUGAUCCAGACAACAUUACCUGUCUGGCAGAGCCACACCUACAGUGGAGUCUCCCAUUGCCCUUCUGUCAGAAUAAAAAACAAUCAGACUGGAGAAAGAAACACGGAGUUCUAAGUGGAGUGGCCAUAUUCUUUAUGGUUGUGUUAUUCCUGCUCGGACCAUGGUGUAUUCUCAUCUGCCUUAUCAACUGGAACAAGAAACAGGAGCAGCACAGUCUGCAAACAGAACAAGCUGCACAGAAUCCUAAAGGUCAAGUCGUUAUGAAGCUGAUAAAUGCAGUGCACAGUCAAAGAUGCUAUGUCCUCCGGAACAAGUGGAUCGCAAAAGAUGGUACUAACGUCAUGAUCUCGGCCACACCCAAGGAGGACACUUUAGUAGUAACGGCCUUGUCGGCGGAGAAGGCAGGGUCAGGGGGCGAGGUCUACACGGCUCCACAGUCGGCCCCGAGUCAGAUCGUUCUGCACAGUGUGUCAACUCAGCACCCCGGACGAUACAACUGGAUUGCUGACCUCAGUGAUGGUACCUCGGAGUGCGGAGUUUUCUUUUUGGAGGUUAAAGUGUCGACAUUGUCGGGCCCGUCUGGACAAGGCUCUGGGUUUGGGAGGCUGAUGAAGAACCGCAGCGACGUCCAGCGACUGUGUGUCCUGUUUGACCAGGAGGAGGUCCCAGGCGUCAUCUCCUGGCGUACUAUAGCCGUUUCCCCCCUCUUGGACUACGACAUGCAGCAAGUCAAACAUGACGAGUACCACUUGAAAGGUAAGCCUAGGGGUAACGGGCCCACAAUGAAAGUCCUGACACUCCUACACCAGAAAGGCACCACCAUUGCAAGACUUACAGAGUUCUUACAAGAGCAUAUGAGUCCAACCAGUGAACCUCUCCAGAUACUGAAUAAGUACUUAUGACUAUUACUGUGUUGUUUCUAGACACAUAUUAAUUUAAUUUCAUGAAACGUUAUUUAUGGAAUUUUAAUGAAAUGUUACUUCUGAGUCUCUAGAACGAUGAGAGUUACGUAAUUUCUGCCACAAGUAUAAAUCUUAAUAAUCUUGUGUAAGUAACACCUGAUGAACCAUUAUUAGUGUACAGGUUGUUUUUAUAAAACCAUAGGUAGUUGAAAUAUAAAAAAGUGAAAUUAUAAAUAUUUUUAGGGACUUCUUUAAUCAUGAUCAAUCUAAAGGAUGUGCAUUUUGGAUGUUGUCGAGAUGACAAGAGUUAUUGCCCUUCCCAUACUGGUCCAGUGGAGUUUUUCCAUACUGUUAUUUGUUAGCAGACUGGGGAGGCGGUUACGAUGGCUUUAGAAUUAUAAUUUUGGGUGGGUGGAUCUUUAAAUCUGGUACAAGACACCUGUUUGAUUUCUGACAGGUGUGACAUACAGUGACCAGGAGUUGUAUACCAUAUUCCACGUAAUAAGCGCCCCGCUCUAAUAUGCGCGCCGAUAUUUGCUAAUAUAU